AUGUCGUUCAUCGUUGGAUCGGUUUACCUCCUCGUUGAUACCCAGAAUCAAUGGCGCCUCUUCGUAGCAGGCAGUUCGAACGAGACGAGCAACGCUAACCGCACGUCAGUUGGAACGCUUUACUAUCCGGGCAGUGAUCUCAAAAGCAGGCAAAACCUUGGCGUCCAGCCGCUCUCUCUCCCAGCUCCUCCCGUGCUUAUCCUGCAUCUAGUCAACCUCCUCUCGAGUCUCCACUUCAAAUCCGUCAGCUCUCUAGACAACCACAUUGACAGGAUCGUUAGCGGAGGGGAUACGGGCCUUCCACCGAGGAACGAGAGCUAUUGGUGGUUUGACAUUCUCUAUAGACUCCACAACGGUGGUAUCGUGCACAUCGACGCGGCCACGUUGGCACAGAGGGUUCGAUCAGAAACCACGAAUGCCUUUGCAAUCCUUCAAAGGACAGGAAAGAGUAGCUACGUCAAUUUGUGAGCGCGUUCAUAGAAAAAAGUCGCUUUGAUCCCCUUCGGUUCCUAUUCCGCCGUAUUUGCGUUGAGCGCAUAAUCCCUUUUCCCUUGCAUUCUCCGAAUCUCAGCACUUCUCUUUCAUUAUGUCAAGCAAUACCCUCAUCCGC